AUGGUGCGCUUCGGCGCUCGCGUUGCGUUAUCUGCGAGCUUCCUCGUCGCGGCGGGAUUUGUGGGCUUCGUGCCUGUGUCCCCUCCGCGCUGCCACAAGUCCUUGAUGCCAGCAUCCGUGGCUGAGGCGACUGCGCCUGAGGCGCGACGUGAUGUCCCCACAGGCGUCCCGGUCGUGAUGGCCGUGUUGGCCGGACUCGUCGUGGCUUUCGCAAUGCCCCCGAAGGCGCUGGCUCAGCCGGGUGGGCUUCCGGACUUCUCCGUUGUGAGGCCGGGGUACAUGCAGGGGAUUGACGCUGCAAAUGCCGCAACGAAGCCGGGAGAGAUAGACUUCGUCACCCGUUCACGCAUUGAGGCCGCCCAGUUCCCACAGGCAGUCAAAGAGCUUCAGAAGGAGAAAGCUACCAUCGAGAAGAAUGCCCCCACCAAGGAGGAGCGUCUGCAAAGGUACCGGCAGCAGGCGCAAGCUUACAGUCAGAGUGCGUCAAUUGAGUAG